AUGCGCAGCGGCUCAGGCGAACGUUCCCCGCCGUGGCGUGCGGCUGCUGCUGGCCCACGAGAAGCGCUGAAGCCCUCGGCGCGUUCUUCGGCGGGCCUCGGCGACCUCCUCAAAGAGCUGGCCGCCAAGGAGAACGCCGACCAGCCACAGGCAGCGGCGGCGAUCGCCCUGGUGAAGAAACUGCUUGAGCUGCCUUCACUUUCCGCCGAGCCCACGCCCCUCCAGGACGAUUUCAGGCGGGCAGCGGGCCUGUGCAAGGAGGUGGCGAGGAAGCACCAAGGCGCGGUCGACAGCGUUGUGAGACUAGAGGAACAGCUCAAGGCAGCGCGGACACGCGAGGCCGAGGUGGCCAUCCAGUUGGCCGAAGCCGAAGCGGCCAAGAGGACGGCAGCAGCGGCAGUUGCUCGUCAGGCCGCCGAGGCUGAUCAGUCCGAGGCGGGAGGUGACGCUGACGGCGAGAUGUUCCACCUCUCGUGGGAUCCGAGCAUCUUCCAGGACGCGCAGGAGCUCGACCCCGCCGAGCAGGGGGAGAUGGCCAACUUCGAAACCAAGCUCAACAGGGGCAUGGCUGAGCUCGCUGUGCGGGCCAAGGAGAUUCGCGUGAAGCUCAAGGCAGCCAGGGCGCUGGCAGCACUCAAAGCCUACCUUGGAGGGCGCCAGUUUCGGGGAGGGGGCACUGAGGGUGGGGGGUGGCUUGUCUGCAGGCGCAGCCACUACACCCACCCGUUGAGCGGAGGUGAUGGCCCUGCCUUGGCAGCGCCAGGCUCGGCGUCCGCGGGCGAUUUCCAGGCAGGCAUCUCCCGCCUCAAGGGCCAGCGGCAUGCUGGGCUGACUGACGGCAACUUGGGGCGCUUCGCUAAGUCGGGGGCGCUGCUGACGUCCCUGGCUGCCCCGCGGCCGGUGCCGGGCGACAUCGACACGCCGUGCCAGACGCCCCAAGAGGCAGCCUUCCAGUCCAAAGUGGGGGCGGUGGCCCUUCAAACCGACGUGGCUGCCGCGUGCGACAGGGGCGGCUCUCGCAUCGACUGCGGGCUGUGCUCUCCUUCGUGCGCGCCGUUGAUCGGCGGCAUGUGGUCCGCGGCAGCGGUGCCCCUGGGCGCGCAUUGCGGCUUCGUCGUCAGGCUGCGAGGGGGACAGGGGAAGCUGCGGUCUCGACAGGCCAGAGCGCUGGCCAGGCAGAAGGAGCUCGACCUCCACCAGGCCGCCCCCUUCGAGGACGUUGACCUCGAGGUCGGCGAGCUGGCCGCGCGGGCUGGCCCGCCCGUGUCGUCUCAGCGCGGUGCCGAGCUGCAGCGGGGCUCUGACUCGCGGGCGGCCGUUGUGGGCAGGGCGCGCGGGGGUGUUGGCAAGGCAUGCGUCGAGGCGUUCGCUGACCAGCCAGCAUUUCCGGGGACGGCGAGGGCCAUGUUCGGGAUCCCCGACAGCAUCUGGAGGGCCUCCGCCACGCCCACCAGGCCCCUUCCAGGCCAGGCUUGGAGGAGCGCGCAGCUCUCGACCGCCGUUGUCGCGCGUGGCUUCCUCCUGCCUGCCCCCGGCGGCCAGCGCGCUCACUGGGUCGAGCAAGCAGAGCGCGCCGCGCUGCUCCAUCACGGCCGCGAGUCUGGCGGCAACGGGCCCAGAAGCCAGGUUGCCGUCCUCCAGGAGAAGAGCUACACGCAGCCCCCGAAGGCUCGGGCGGAGCCUCUGUCGGGCGCGGUGGCCAGGCAGUGGUCGGCCGCGGCCGCCCUCCUCACGCGCUUAGCCAAGCUGCGGAGGAGGGGGAUGGGGGCCGCUGAUGACCGACGCCUGCUAGCCGAAGAAGGAAGCGAUCUCCGCGGCCAGGUGCACCUUUUCACGCGCGUGCGCUGGGCCGCCAGGGAUCGCGGAGUUGCGCGUGGUAGUGAAUGGCGGCUUCGGUUUCACGCGGUGCUCGAGGGCUCGGUGGACGUGCGCGCCGUCCCCGAGGAGCGUCUCGGAGCUCUGGGGGCGGGUGCCCAUGCUGCAGCUGGCCGCGCCAGGCACCGAGCCCUUGGUGCGUCCUUGCGCGACUUCCGCCAGUGGGUCAGCACGGCGGGGGCCACGCCCGCCGUCUUCCGCUCCUUGCGUAGGGGCGCCCUACCAGCGAAUAAGCUCUUGGUUGGAAGGCCCGCCCUAGCCAGGCCCACAGAUAUGCUGGACAGCAAGGCCGACGUCUGGAUGGGCUCGUGGGCGCCGCAGGCCGCGGGCGACGCAGAGGUCAGCUCGCCCUUCGAUGACGUCCGCGGGCAGAUCCUCGUCGCCGUGCUGCCUCCCAUCACUGUCGAGGAUGUGCGGCAG